GGUUGACAAAGCGCCAUUGAAAAAGAUCCAUGGCAGAGAACGAACCUAGGAAGCGACCUAGAACAGAUACUCCAGCAAAUAAGGAUGGCGAGGAUCCUAAUUACGCGUUCAUGAACGACUUCAACUUUGACGCAUUCAUAGGCGACGGUACGACUUUGGACGGAUUGACUAAUCAAGACUUGCUGCCGCCGUCUGCUGCUGCCGAUAUGAUGUUUUCGUUUUCCGAUGUUGAUGUCAUGAGUGGAAUUGCUCUGGGAGAGAAUCCUGCGGACACUAGCGUGGUUAGUGGACUCCCUCCUCUACCCACCGCCACCACGCGUCGACCAUCAAGCCAAUCUUUGGAUAGCCGACCUAGCGAUUCUGGCGUGAAACCAAAGGAUCCUGCAGUGGCCACGAACUCAGCUUCAAGCGAAACCAAGGCAAGUGGAACAACAGGCAGCGCAGCAUCGCAAACAGCGGCCAUCCUGAAGCAAACCGUGUUCACGGUCAUUGUAGCUGAUAAAGUUUUUCGAAUGAGCUGGGAAACAUUAUGCUCCGAUGGUCCAGCUAAUUUCUUUAUCGAGCAUUUUUCUCGAAACCCAAGGUCACGCACUGUUCGCAUCGACCGCGACCCAGAUACGUUUAAAAUGAUUUUACACUAUUUACGAGGAUAUCAGAUUCGACCAAAAGAUGAAUACGAGAAUCAAAAUUUAAUGAAUGACGCAAGGUACUAUGGUCUUAAGCGACUCACCCAGUUCCUUCGCCAAACGCUGUUUCUUAAUGUAGGCGGUCGUGUAUUUCGAUUGUCAAAGGACCUUUUGGCUAGAGAUGGACCAGCCAAUUUUUUCACGGGACCUUUGAUACACUAUUUAUUCUACACCCAUGUCAAGCAAGCUGAAGCGCCUCCAUAUAUAAUUGAUCGAAAUCCAGAAACAUUUUCAGAGAUCAUUAGCCAUUUACAAGGAUAUUCCAUCCAAAUUAGAGAUGAAGUCCACCGAGCCAAUUUGCUCAAGGACGCCCAGUAUUAUUCACUCCGACGAUUAAGGGACAAGCUCAUGACGGCCAGGAAAACGAUUGAUGGGUUUGGAGAAACUGGCAACCAAGAAGUUCUUCUAUGGCUUAAAGAUGUUCGAUUGGCAAACCUUCUACAAAGUUCAGCAUUGGAGCAGAAACUGACUCCACCAGCCAACCUGGCCGACGUCAGCGAUGAUGUACGAGCUCUUUAUCAGAUAAGAUAUAAGCGGGAAGACAAUCCCCACAAUUUAUUAGUGCAACUUUCGGAAUUUUAUCUCUAUUAUCCUCCCCCUGGAGCUGAAAGACAAUGUAGAAUGGAAUUAUGUGAUACCGAACGACAAAAACUCGAAAGUAUCGCCAAAACCCUUAGAUUGGAAGGAGUGCACGAAUUAGCCUGCAUGAAUCUUGACUGUGCCAUCAAAAUUGAUGAUAGGGCAGUCACAGCCGAAGAACUACUGGACAGUCAAAAAGUACAGAAACUUUAUGUAUUGAAAGCGAUUGCUGCUGUUUUGACAUGUAGUCAUCGGUUAACACUUUGUAUGUUACGAUUUGAAGCUGUUAGUUCACGGCUUCAAUUAAACUUGAAACGAGAGUUUUUGCCUUAAAACCCCGGUCAUUAUCUCUAGCCAAUAGAUAUGACAUUUCCUUAUCUAGUGUUGCCUCGUGACACCCCUUUUGAACUUUUUUGCCCACAAUGGAAGAAGCGCUAUGAAAAAUUGCAUAAAUUGGCUGCAAGCUUUCUUUUUUCCCCAGAAUAUUCUUUGUUCCUCUU